GCGUCGGCUUCGUUCAGUCUGAAAAGUAGUGGCAAAACGAACGUGUGUUGUGCGGUAAUAUUAUUCUGACGGGUUGCAGUUGACUUGAUCUCAAUUGCUUGCUUGUACGUUUGCGAUCGCCGGAAUGCGCUUAAAAGAAAGUGAGACAAAACAAAACGAAUUUGAAAAUUGUGGAGAAUCCAUUGAAAAGUGCAGUGCCAAAGUGUGAAGAUUAAUAAAAAUAUAGCAUCAAUAAUUGCUAAAUUGAAUUGAGUUAUUGUAUGAAAAGUGAAGUAGUGAAGGAAUGUUAUGUUUAGCAUCAAAAGAGAAUGUCAGAAUUGACAAGUGUGUGAAAAGUUGAAUAAAGUGAGGCUGUUGUAAGCAUUAAAAAUUAACACAAGCUUAUGAAUUAACCGAGAGUGUGGGAAAUUGCUUGUGCAGCGAGACGUGCGUAUUGUGGCGUACUUUUGAAUGUUUCAAAUACAAAACAUAUGUGCAUAUUUUGAAAAUUUAUUCGCAAUAUUUUACAAGCAAUGCGCCGGCCUAUGUUAAAUAGUUAAAUAUUGCAUGGAUCCAUGUGGAGCGCUCAAAGCUGAUAUUUGGAAGAACAUUACAUUCAGAUCAUUCAGAAUGUUAGAGAUUUAGUGAAAUCGUACAACUACUUAACUAUCAAAAGAACUGCCGAAAAUACUUGCCAAUCAAAAUGUCUCUCAAUCAGGGAAAAUAUAAGCCCAGCAUAUGCGCUAUCGAUGAGGUUGACGAUCGUAGCCUCAAAAACGAUGAUCUCCAAAAGCAACAAAUCGAGGGUAGCGAAACAGCACCCUUGACCACGAACCAACAGAAAUUGCACAUUGAACCCAGUCAACGUACGGCGGGGAAAGAUGUUGAAUCGCAGAUAGAUGAUAAUAUUGGUGGCAAUGGCAACAGCAAAACGGAUGGACUCACCGCCGAUGCUGAUAGCGCGCCUGCCAAUGGUUUUCGUGCCUUCCUACUUCCAGGUCGCCUUUCGAUGGACGCACUAAUGCAGCUGUCACGCAAACGUCGUAUACUUUACAUAACGACCGUUUGCUUUUGUGCCUUACUCUUAGUCAUAAUCGUUAUGAUGAUUGCCUUCUGGCCGGAUGUGCCCUUCUACUUCCGUGCCGAAUUGUGUCUGGAGAAGGAAUGUGUACAGACCAGUCAACAGCUGUUGCUGUGGGCGAAUAUCUCCAAAAAUCCCUGUCACGACACCUACGAAUGGGCGUGUGGCAAUUUUGAGCGUGAAUAUGCGGAAAAUGAUUACUAUGUCAUAAAGCGUGGUGAAUGGAAUUACAAGACUUACAAUGAGUACGAAGAACUGAAUGAGCUCAACCGUUUCAUAUCAAUGCUGCCUUCAUCUGGCGCGUCAUACACCGUGGAGUCAAUGAUAUCCAGCUUAUAUAGAUCGUGUCGCGAAAUCGAUACACUCGACAAGAGUCAAUCGGAUUUGUUGUUGAAGAAGGCGAUUAACUUUGUGGAGGGUUGGCAAGCAUUUCGCGAUUCCAUACGUCUACAAAAUUGGGAAUAUAAAAAGGCUUUAGUGCAUCUUCAGGCAAUCUAUGGUAUAUUUCCAUACUACAAAGUCAGUGUUGAAAAUCGCUUUAACAAACCGCAUGAGUACAUCAUCACUUUAGAUGAGGGCGAGAUUGGUUUACCUGAUCGUUAUUUCUACAGCAUUGAUUCAAAUGAUGAGAUCGUGCGUGGCUACAAAUUGCUGCUUCGUGACUUCGCCAUCAAUAUGGGCAUUGUUUCACGCGAGGCUGAUCUCUUUGCCGAUGAAAUCUUCCACUAUGAGAAACGCAUCGUUACACACAUCGACUCGGUGAAACAGUCCGAUGAGAGCAAAUUGAAUGAAAUAAAGACGUUAGCUGAGAUGAAGACAAUUGCGCCGUCGUUGCCAAUCAUGGAGUCUCUACAAGCGAUUUUCAGCCACACCAAAAUUAGCGAUGAAACCGAAAUUCUAGUGCGUGACGUAAAUGUUUUUCGUGAACUCUCCACUGUGGUAUCCACCUCUGAUAAAAAACCCAUUAACAACUUUAUAAUCUGGUCGUUGGCGCGUCAUCUGUUGCCGCAUUUGUCACGAGAAUAUCGCAAUUUGAUGGAGAACUUCGAUCAUGCUGUUUACGGUCAUACCGCCACAUAUCCGCGUUGGAUGAUUUGCUCACAAAUCGUACGCGAUUGGUUGCCAUUCGCCGUUGAUGCGCUGCAGCAGCAACAAAAUGCUGAGCGAACGAAGUCCAAACGUUAUGCCACACAAGACUACAAACAUGAGAGUAUCAAAGCUGCGCCGAAUCCCAGCAAAGCAGAAGGCAAUGAUGCAUUCUUACGUCUGAUGUAUUACAGUCUGCAGAAUCAGUUGAAGGACUCGGUUAAUCAGGCUAAUUGGAUUGACAAACGUGUGCAGGGCUAUAUUAUUGAUAAAUUGACCACAAUGCGUCUGCAGAUCGGCAUACCAGAAGAGGCGCUCAACGAAAAAACAUACAUCAAGGACUACUACAAUGAUCUGCUAUUGAAUAAUCUGUAUUUCGUUGAGCAUUUAGAAUCGAUUUGGAGCUUCCGUAAGGUGCGCAUGGAGGCGAAAUUAAAGGCGAUGAGCAUUGUGGAUACCAUUGUCUCCGAGAUGUACACACAUGAAGUGACACAACCAAUUAGAUACUCGAAUAUUUUGAAUAUGUUGGUCAUAUCGAGGGGAGUGGCUGCAUCCAAGUACUAUGAUUAUCGAUAUCCUAUUCCCGUGAACUUCGCACGUCUUGGCGCCGACAUUUUGGAAGUGCUCAUCGAUUCCAUCUACACAUUUGUGGAACAGUACAAAGCCGAACAUACAAUAUUGACAAACGAGAGUCUUGUGGCGCGUUUCGAUUUGCCGAAUGUGGAUGUCAAGUGUAUAUUGGGCGAAGCGAAUGCAGCCAGUCAUGCCAGCGAUUUGGACGAGCUUUCCACGCAUGCGCUGCGCAGUUUCCAUUAUACACUGAGCGCCGCGAAAAUCGCCGCACGCGCCCAGACCACUUUCAUAGAAGCCAUCGACACGGGCAGUCCCAUCAUUGGCGCCAGCAUUGAUCAGGCGCUCACAUAUGAGAAUCUACGCUUGACGCACCGCCAUCGCAUGCCCGGCUUGCGUUCGUUCAAUGAAAAUGAACUCUUUACGCUCGCUUAUAUGCAAAAGCACUGCAGCACGCUGAUUGCCGAUAAGUAUUAUGCGCCGAUUAAGCCGCAUGUGGAGCAGCAGCUGGCUGAGGAGUAUCUUUUCACAGCGACCUGGCAGCAUAUACAAUUCUUGCCGCGUUCCAUUAGUUGUUCCACGCCUGAAACGCGCUGCCCCAACAUACUCUAAGCAUGCGCACAUACAUACUCUCAUACAUGCAUAAGAAUUUAGUCGUUUUUUCUGUUUUUUUAUAAUAAAACAAUUUUCUAUUUUACCGCUAAGACUAGAGAAUGCCAGCGCUAUGCAUACACCUGUGUGUGUGGGUGUGUGUGUGUAGUGAUUAUAGCAAAUAUCCGUACAUACAUAUGAAGUUUACAUUCACAUUCUAUUGUAGUUUACCGCUAUUUAUAUUAUAUACUAAUAUUAUUGUACUUGUAGUGUAUUUAUUAAGUAAUCCUGCAUUGUGUAGAAUGCUCUAUGCUCUAUGCUGUCUCUGCAGUUGUUUGUAAGUGGUGAGCUAAGUUUAUACAAAUUACUUUUAGUUAGUUCAGUUAGGUUUUAAGUGGAAAUGACUUGCUGCGCAUCUUUUCAUUACAUACAACCAACUAUGUAUUUAGUGGUAAAUUUUCUUUUUGUUCAAAAAAAUAAAUAAACAAAAAAAAUUAUAAAAAAAUGAAAGCAGUAGAAAGACAGGCAUGAAUUUAAUACACAAAUUACAAAUGUAAAUGUAAAAGAAUUAAAAUAAACUGCUUUUUGCAGAAUUCAUGUAUUUUUAUAAAGUAAAAUUUGGCACAAAGGUUCGCACUAGGAAGGCGCAUAUUUGGAUGCAAUUUUUUCGAGGAAGUGGGAGUGGCCACGCUCCCUACUAAGGUUUUUGUACAUAUCUCGUAAACUGCUAAAGCUGUAUCAACCAACCCAACCUAGAGUCGUUUCUUUUAGGCUCUUCUUUAU